CAGGAUUAGAAUAUUUGCAUGAUGGUUGUAAGCCAGCAAUAGUACAUAGAGACUUGAAGACUACUAACAUUUUGUUAGAUGAAAAUAUGGAAGCUAAGAUUGCUGAUUUUGGAUUGUCUAGAGCUUUUGCAAAUGAUAUUGAUAGCCAUGUCUCAACUCGUCCAGCUGGGACAGUUGGUUAUCUUGAUCCCGAGUUUCAAAGUUCUGGCAACCUUACAAAAGGAAGUGAUAUUUAUAGUUUUGGAAUAAUUCUGCUAGAGCUAAUCACUGGACAACCAGCAGCGAAAAGGCAACCAAACAAUACCUUCACUUUCCUGCUUCAAUGGGUUACCCCUAAAGUUAAAAACGAGAAUAUCAAGUCCAUUAUUGACUCAAGGGUCCAAGGAAAAUAUAGUGUUGAUUCGGCUGGGAAAUUCCUACAGGUAGCCAUGUCAUGCACUGCACCAACUGCAAGUCAAAGGCCUGAUAUAAGUCAAGUAGUUUAUGAACUAAGGGGAUGUUUGGAAUUGGAGAUGAGCAAGGAAGUGACCAGCGACCAACCCACCAAUUCAAGCAGUUCCAUGAGUACGAGUGCUUUGCAAUUUGAUUCAGACUUCAGUAUAUUGUCUGGAAGAUAGAUACUUGUUUACCUUUUAAA